CCAAAUUCUCAUUUGAUGCCCUGAUUUGUUGUUUUCUUGGUGUGCUUCAGGUUGUAGCAGGAGUUCUGGUGUGCACUCUGUCAGCUGGUUCUAUGUCCUCAUUUGGUCUUGGCUUGAUCUCAGAAGGUGUGUCUGAUAUGAUCACUGGAGUCAUGGGUAUGAUAAAUGGCACAUUUGAUUGGGCAUCGUGGGCGAUAUCUAAAGCAAUAAGUAUAGGAAUCUCUUUGGCCUGUGGGGGAUUCAGUGUUCUCAAAAGAUCAUUCUCCUCUGUGAAAAAUGGUGCACGUAAUAUUCUCAAUGGCACCACAUCCCUAAAAAGUGUUGCAUGUAAUGCCCUGAAAUCAGGAAAAAACAUGUUUGUUUCAGCAUGUAAAUCCACCAAAUCAAUGGUGUCAUCAAUAACUGUAAAGAACAUGACAAAGACCAGUUUGAUUAAACUGAAUCUGAAGCAUGCAAGUAAAUAUGCUGUUCAGGAAUUGGCAAUUCAAGGAGUAAACACUGCUUUGAACACAUGCAUCAAUGCUACAGUCCAAAAGACUUUCCAACAAGGAUUUCAAAAUACUUUUAAGAAAUCUGUAUGUUCAAUAUUACACCAAAAUAAAGAGUUUGUUCGAGCACUCACAGAUUUCAUCAGCUCAAGAAUUCCAAAGGCUGCCUUGCAGAAAGAAUCUGGUUCUUACAGGAUUAGCAAAUCCCUAGAGAAGGAAAUGAUGGACCAUACGGUUUACAAUACAAACCUUGUCAUGAAUGAUCUCCUGGUAAACUGUAAACAGAUACAUCAGGUGAUUAACAUACUCUCACAAGUAUGGGGCAAAUCAGCAGAGUAUGUUGCACACCGACCUUAUGCCUGCAUCAAGAGUCUUCUGAGUGCUGCAAGCAUGUCCACUACUAUUUAUGAAAUGUACUCCUCCAUUCCUACUAAACAGACCAUUGACUGUAAUUUCGUUCCUGCAUUUCUGAAGUCUAUGCAAAAGGAAGCUUCAUUUGAGCCAUAUGACCAUGAUGGAAGGGACAAACUGGCAGAUGUGAAACGGCUUAAAGAUGAUCUUAUUGACUUAAUUUCAGAAGUUCUUUCCCAAACAAUGGUGGAGAGUUUUUCUGGGUCUGCCACCUCCUUGUUUACAAAAACAUUUACUCAACGACUAAAUUCUGUUACUGGAAAAGUAGUUGGUAAUUUUCUGGGGAGGCAUGAAACCCAAAGUUUCUUUGUCAAUCAACAGCAUCAUCAUGAUCUGAAAUCUGCCACUGAAUGCAAGGAAAGGACUUUGUCUGAGGAAGAAUUAAAUGAGCUCAAGUGCUACGCUAAUACUGUAACUGAUGAACAAAAGCCAGCAACAGCUUUAGAAUUUCAUGUACUCACAAAGAGUAACUUGCUGGAUGGAAAAGGAAUUUGCUUAAGUGUUGUAGAUAAUAAAGGAAACCUUCUCACAGAGGAGACUUACCCAGGAACUGACCCAGCAGCUGGUACUAUUAAACUUGUGCUGACAAAAACACCUCAAACGUCUCCAGGAACAAGAGGAACAUGGAGUAAACUGACUCAAAGGGCCAUGGGUAAAGACACACCUGUCAGUGGCCACAUUGAUAUUAUACGACCUGAUGGCUCUCGGGAAAUUGUGAACUCCACAAAUCAGAACUGUCUGUUUCAUGCUGUCAUCCAAGCAACAACUAAAGACCCAAAUGAUGUUGUACAACAAAAAGCCACAGAACUCAGGAGCAAAGUCAGUCAGGAGGACAGGGAGCCUCCGGGCUGCAGGUGACUACCCCCUCCCUUGUGGGAGAGGAAAUCUGUCAUGGUCAUCUGUGCCCCCAGCUCAUAAACCACCAGGAAACUAACCAGCUAAAGUUUCAUAUAGGAAGCCUUUAUUUGGUAGAGCCAAUGAAGUCAGUAGUGAUGGAAACAGAGGUGAAAGGUGUACCCCAGUAGUCAGUACAAGAGAUUGAGGACCACACACUUGAUGAUCAGACAUGUUUCCUUUUCAUGCUAGAUUUACUCUCCUUAAAUGAGAGCUUCUGGUUGGUGUGCAGCACAGGCUGUUCUUCCCAAUACACCACCUGGGAUAUAAAUACUUCCUAGGCCUCUGUCCGAUAUUUCAGUCUACA